AUGUCAAUUGUUUCACUACUAAAUAUCAGCGUGUUGAAUAAUCCAGCACCUUUCACAGCUCCUUAUGAGUUUGAAAUUACUUUUGAAUGUGUCGAACCUCUGAAAGAUGGUGAGUUGCAACUGACAGUUUUGCUACGUACACCGAGCUCUUUACUAACCACACCUAGAUCUGGAAUGGAAAUUAAUUUAUGUCGGAUCUUCUACAUCGUAAGUGAACCAACGGAUGCUUAUCCGCCAGAACAACAAGAUAUCGAUUUAGUUGAUGAUGAAGAGGAAUAUGGAGCUGAGGAAGAGCAAGAAGAUGAAGGGGAUGAAGAAGAUGAAGCCGAUGAAGAGGAGACUGAUGACAUUGAGGUGGAGGGUGAGGAAGGAGAAGGAGAAAAUGUUGAAGAAGACAUAGAUGAAGAAAUUGAAGAUGAGGAAGAAGGUGAUCCCGAGGCAGAGGCCGAAGUCGAGGCCGAUGUGGAGGGUGACAUAGACGCUGAGGCAGAUGAAGGAGACGACGAUGAUGACGAUGAAGAAGAAGAAGAAGGUAAUGACGAUAACGAAAAUAAUAAAAAUUAA